GCGGGUGGCGCUAAAACACUCGCGUUUGUUUGACAAACACCAUUAAACCUCAGAGGAAGAAGUUCAGUUUCACCGCGCUCUGGUUUGUUUUGUUGUGUUGCUUUUUUAAUACAAUCUGUUAGAAAUGUUGUUUCUGUGAAUAUACAGAUACAGCUUUGGAACCUGUUCAAUAAAUACCUGUAUUCUCAUCCUCACAAUCGUGAGUAAGUUUUGAAGCAAGCAGAAAUAUCUGGAGGAGUAUCAGCUUUGAAAAUGGUGUUUGUUAAAGAGGAGAGUGAGGAGAACAUGAUUGAACCAGAACCCUGCAGAAUAAAACAGGAACCAGAACCCUGCAGAAUAAAACAGGAACCAGAACCCUGCAGAAUAAAACAGGAACCAGAACCCUGCAGAAUAAAACAGGAACCAGAACCCUGCAGAAUAAAAAAGGAGGAACCAGAACCCUGCAGAAUAAACCACGAGGAACCAGAACCAGAACCCUGCAGAAUAAACCACGAGGAACCAGAACCGUGCAGAAUAAAACAGGAGGAACCAGAACCCUGCAGUAUAAAACAGGAGGAACCAGAAACCUGGAGAAUAAAACAGGAGGAACCAGAAACCUGGAGAAUAAAACAGGAGGAACCAGGAGAGUUCAUUGAAGAAAAAGAGGAGAAUGAAGAAUCAAGUGAAGUUGAGGAGAAAAAUCAUGUCAAAACUGGAGGAAAACCUUUGAGUUGCUCUCAAACCAAACAGAAAGAUUUAAAGAAAAGAAGAGCUACGGAAUCUUUCACCUGCACUCAGUGUGGAAAGAGUUUCACACACAAAACAAGUUUUGCGCGUCACAUGAGAAUUCAUACGGGAGAGAAACCAUUCACUUGUGAUCAAUGUGGAAAGAGUUUCACACACAAAACAAGUUUUGAGUGUCACAUGAGAGUUCAUACUGGAGAGAAACCAUUCACUUGUGAUCAAUGUGGAAAGAGUUUCACACAAUCAGCACACCUUAAGGUACACAUGAACGUCCACACUAGAGAGAAGCAGCACGCAUGUGAUCAAUGCGGUAAAAUGUUUUUAUGGGCUUCAGUUCUGAAGAAACACUUGAAAGUUCAUGCAAAGAAGCCACAUUCAUGCCAUUUGUGUGGUGAGAGUUUUUUGCGUUUACAAAAUUUGAAAGUACAUCAGAAAAUACACACUGCUGUGGAAGAGUACAUGUGCUUUGAGUGUGAAAAGACUUUUAGUUCAGUGACCUGUUUAAAAUUGCAUGAGAGGAUACACACUGGAGAGAAACCUUAUCAGUGUUCACACUGUGACAAGAGAUUCAUUCAGUCAACACAUCUGAAAACACAUGAGAGGAUACACACUGGAGAGAAACCUUAUAAGUGUUCACACUGUGACAAGAGAUUCAAUCAUUCAGCACAUCUGAAAACACAUGAGAGGAUCCACACUGGAGAGAAACCUUAUCAGUGUUCACACUGUGGCAAGAGAUUCAAUCAUUCAACACAUCUGAAAACACAUGAGAGGAUCCACACUGGAGAGAAACCUUAUAAGUGUUCACACUGUGACAAGAGAUUCAAAAAGUCAGGAGACCUGAAAACACAUGAGAGGAUCCACACUGGAGAGAAACUUUAUAAGUGUUCUCACUGUGACAAGAGAUUCAAUCAGUUACCAAAUCUGAAAACACAUGAGAGGAUCCACACUGGAGAGAAACCUUAUAAGUGUUCUCACUGUGACAAGAGAUUCAAUCAGUCAACAAAUCUGAAAAAACAUGAGAGGAUCCACACUGGAGAGAAACUUUAUAAGUGUUCUCACUGUGACAAGAGAUUCAAUCAAUUACCAAAUCUGAAAAAACAUGAAAGGAUCCACACUGGAGAGAAACUGUAUCACGGCACUGCAGGUGGGAAGCGUUUAAUUCAGUCAUCUGGUAUACACAGUCAUACAAAAAAACAAUCAGAGUAAGACCCCGUACACACGGAGAUGCGUUUAGCUGUAUAUGUAAAUAUUUUGUAUCAUAUCGGCAUUUCGUCCAGAUGGAUCCAGCAUUUUGGGAGCCUCAAACUGCUAGUUUUUGAAAUCGCGUCCCAGAGUGGAUAAAUCUGAAAAAAACAACACCUUUGCAUUUUGUGUGUACAGCCAGUCAACUUUUUUUUUUUUCUUGAAAUUUUGUGACUUUUCCUCAUUUAGGGUCAUGAACAUGCAUGCAAAGUUUCAACACGCUCAUGUGUUUUGACAUGUCCAAAAAAUAUUUUUUGUUACGUUCGUACUGUUCCUGGGUCAAUUUGACCCACCUAUUGGGUCUACACCUACAGACCCAAAAUGAUACAAUUUCUUGGUUUUAUUUUGUUAUUUUAGUUUUUCACUAUCCUAUGAAGCAAAAAAGUAGCUUUUCCCCACUCAUUUCAAUACAGAAAAAAUAUUUUGUCCGCCAAAGUGGUACUUAUUUUUUUAAUCUAUCUGAAAUACUAUUAAACCCAUGUUGUUUUUCUUGAAAUUUUGUCACUUUUCCUCAUUUAGGGUCAUGA